AUAGUACUAUUCAYCAUGGAGCAAAACGGUGUAACGAAGCGAAGUACGGCGAAAGAGAAUCAUUCUGGCCAUCCUACCUCAAAUGGAAAAUAUCCUCAUACUGAGACAGCUCGAAAGAUACUCAAAUCUAAAAUGAAAUUGGUCACGUUCGCUAAUUUGCGCUACAUCGUCGAGUGCCUAAUUGCCAACUAUAUUUUGAUCCCUGUCGUGAUCUUCCUAUUGCCAUUUAUACUGCUCUACUGGGUCUUGAAGAAGUUAGAAUUGUGGAUAGUGCGCUUAUCUUGUAAGAGUGCCGUUGCCUUGAAUGGUGAAGACGCUGUAUGGCAGCAAGACUCAGACUUGAAUCGAAUGAUAAUUUCWGCUGUCUUGUUCAUAGAAAGGCCAAAGGACGGGAAGAAAGCACUUGAGAACUUUAAGCAAGCUAUCUAUGAACGACUUGUGGAUCAUCGCGAUAGYCAUGGAAACCUCAUGUAUCCUCGCUCCAGGCAAAUCAUUCGACCUGGAAUCUUUCAAUACUUAUUUGUUGACGAUCCGAACUUCAACAUGGACAACCAUGUCUUCCAGUACGAUGGCAAGUGUCCAAAAACGAAAGAGGAACUGCAGGGCAUUGUUUCAGACCUUCAGUCGACACCUUUACCUGAAAACCUAUCGCCCUGGUAUUAUUGCUUCAUCCCAACUCAAUUAGAAGGAAAUAAAGAUGCGAUACUAUUACGUAUACAUCACUCAAUGGCUGACGGGGUCUCAUUGUCCAGAUUCUUGACUAGGGUUCUGCCAGAUCAAUACAUCCCACAGGAAGAACAUAAAAAGUUUUCUUCUUACGAAAGAGGUUUUAUAUUCAUGAAGGCAGUCUUUAUCAUUGGUAGGACUCUUCUGACACAACUUCUAAAAUUUGCAGACAAAUCAAUUAUACAUGGUGCAGAGAUGACAGGCAAGAAAAAAUGCUCCUGGUCUGAACCAAUGGAUCUGAAUCUCGUCAAGAGAAUCAAAAAUGCAACUGGUACGACAGUUAACGAUGUCCUUGUAGCCUGUUUGACUAUGGCGGUMAGAAAGUACYACAAGAAACAUGGCGUGGAAUCCCCUCCCGACUUCACUGCUUCGAUUCCAGUUGAUCUCAGUUUGUCCAAAACUGAACUCAAAUUCCAAAACAAAUUUGCAAUAGUUUUUAUCAAACUGCCCGCCAGCCAUGAGGGUGCUUUGAAUAUCCUCUUCGAAACAAAGUCAAGAAUUGAUGCCAUUAAAACUUCUGGAGAGCCAUUUGCAAUGUCCUGGCUGAUGACGCUAUCAGUUGAAUUCCUACCAGAGAUCGUUACAAAACCUUURUUGUCCUUUAUUACAAGGAAAGCAACCUGUGUAYUGUCCAAUGUACCUGGUCCACAGUACUUCCUGUCAGUUAACGGGAACUCAAUCAAGUACAUGACUUUCUGGCCACCWCAAAGGAACAAUGUUGGUAUUGGCUGGUCAAUUUGUUCSUAUGCUGGUCAGGUUGCAAUUGGCUCGGGGGGUGACGAGGCWGUAAUGAAAGACCCRGAAGCGAUAACGGAGCUCUUUGGCGAAUCUCUGAAGGAAUUGACUGACCAUGUUUUAAACUAUGACAAUUGCGUCAGCAAUUAGGUUUAUUUGAGUUUAUUAGGGUUUAUCUAGAAUAUUAUUAACAGUAUAUCAACUGAGCAUGAGUUCUGAUCUGCUAUAUUUGUGUCAUAUGACCAAAAGAUUUGUACUUCGAAUCAACAAAAUUAUUUGAAGGUUCUAUGAUUUAAAACAAUGUUAGAUGUAAAUAAUUAUUGCUGUGCGCUUGGUUUAUAUCGAUCAAUCGCAUGAAUCGCUAAAUCUGUAAAACUGAUAUUAGAAAUAUUUUUUUGACACACCUGACAUACUGUCAAGUAGAGAAUUUUAUCAGAUCAUUCAAUGUUUUGCGAAUUUAAAACGUAAAAUAUAUAGCAUUUUGCGAAAUAAAAUGGACAACUAGGAUAUUA